GAAAUUACCAUUCCCAAGACUAACACAGGCCACUCAACCUACUGUCCCUUCAAAACUGAAACUGAGACUCAAGGUUACGAAAAGAGAAAGGGGCGAAUUCGAGUUAGUUGUCGAUGCGUACAUAACAGAAGUUCCUUGUUUCGUUUGAAUAAACAACUUGUGAUGUGUUUGGACGAUAAAGAUUCUGAGGAGUGGCUUCGUGUUUGCUCACGGAAAACAAAGCGUAAACACAAGGCUACACGACCAGCGGAAUGUGCUGCUAUCCAGAAACAUAUUUUUACUUUAGAUUACAUAGAUGAUGACAGCCUGGAAACGGUUUUAGGUAGAUUUAAUGGUAUUCGAUCUAGUUUACUACUUUCGAAGCCAGACAGAACUUUCCUAGAAGGUUUGUUAAAGUCUAUCAAUCAGGCAUUCGCAAUGAUAUCAAAUAAACAGAAUGAGCCAAGUGGAAUUGACGUGGUUUGUUUAGGAUUGGGUAACCCGGCUGUCCAUCAUGCCAGUUUACGUCAGUUAGUUGUACUAGAUCUUCUGUUACAGCUUGACCCACGUAUGGAGAGAUCACGUACUCACCUGUACGAUCCUGUUUUCAAAUCUGUGGCUCGUGCUUUAAUAAGAAAGCUUGGAAUGCAUAUUCUACCGAACAAUAAAGAAGGUUGUUACAAAUUAUCACCUGAUCGGUUUUAUUUCGUUAUGCUACCACAUUGCGCUCCAGCUCUUUUAAAUAAUUUACUAUUUACCAAUUGGUCGCCUAGUAUACUUUCCCAUAUGGUGCUGUUCUCUAAUGGAUGGAAAGAGUCUCGCCAGGAGUUAAUUGCUUCAGGUGCCUCAGAUAGUCUGAGGAUUGCUGAAGAACUAGCUUAUAUUACUGCCUUGGAAUCAGUGGUUCAAAUUCCUGGAAAAGAAUAUUAUCUACUUUGGUCUUCAAAAAAUAAACUCAGGGAAUACAGAGAUUUUGAGGGUAUGCGUGUACAAUGUUUUUCUCCUGUUGAAAUGGAUCGUUUACCGGAGAAUGUGUGGAAUAUACCUCCUUAUUCUGAAAAAACAGAUAAGGAAAUAUCCUGUUCUAGUACAUUAACACAAAGUAGUAGGUUUUUCCCCGAUAUAAUUGAUGCUAAUGUUGUGCCAAAUUUUAUCGAUUCUAACACUGAAGACUAAUGAUAAUUUUUUCAAAAACCUGUUAACUUAAUUAACGAAAUUAGUAAUGGUAUUAUCUUUCACUUUCUUCCCAAUGAUAUUCAGAAUCAUGAGGUAAAUCUAUCCCUAUUUGCUGUUUAUCCAUGUACAUGUACACUACAUUUCUAUAGUACGCUUAAUUACUGUACAUAUUUUGGUCUUUUUGUAAACCGAAUAUUAUUCUCAGUACUGAGUAAACAUGAUGACUUAUUUUGUAAUUUUAAUUCAAUUUUCAACCUUUAUUAUUGAUUUGAGUGAUUUUCCUCUUUUUAAACGUUAAAAGAUACAUACUUUGCCAUUAUAAAAAAACAUUGAGGACUAAUUGCCUAAGAAUAUAUAUAUUUUAACAAGACCAGUCAGUAGUGCUGUAAAUUCGUAGUAAUAGUUAUUUGGCAGGUACAGUGUUUAUUUAUUUAUUUUAGCAUCAGUACAAGGGGGCACCAAAGACAUAUGCGCCAUACAAUAAUAACGAGGUUGUGCAGAGAUAGGGAAUGGGGGGUGAGUUUAAUAAAAAGAAGGGUAAUAAUGAACAGAAAUAUGUAAGAAUGAAAUAAUAAUAGUAACAACAAUAAUAAUAGUAAUAACAGUAAUGGGCGAAACAGUUCAGUUAUUUAAAAUGCAACUAGAAAGAAUUCUUUCAGUUAAAGAAGUUACGUUUACUUUCAUGAAGAAAGUAGAAGAAAUUUACAACAGGAUAGCUGCUGGCUUUUAUUCUGAGCUAUGUCGUAACAUCUCAAGCCAUUGUUGCACCAUAUCUAGGACUCCAACCAGGGAGUCAUUGUAUAGUAGUUUAUUAUAAGAUAGACGAAGGCAUUUUCCGGGAAUUUCAAACAUGUGAAAGAAGUUUAGGAGUAAUUUAAAAGGCAUCAGAAAUCGUUGGACGAGAAUCAUAUGUUAAUGAGAAGAAUUCGAGUUAAUAAUCGUCUUGAUGAAUAUAAAGGUGAGAUGGAAACAAACCGGUAAUAAUAAUGACUUAUCGAGUAGAAAGGGGCUUUUGGAAAACAUG